CGAGGAGUAACCAACUGACACAAUGAUCAGAUUUAGGUUUAAAUCGAGAUAGCGCUUACAGCCUAAACAUCGCAAUGAUGGGUUUUUUACAAUUGUUCAUUGUUCUUACUUCCUACACGGUUGUUGCAAAAGCCGUGCACAUACCAAUUGUCAAAGAUGCCACUUUCGACAGUCGCUGCAGCCAACUUCUUCAACAGCUUGCUAAUGGAUUUAAACCUCAUAUUCAAUUCGCAUGCGAGUGUCUAAUUACGGAUCUACAACAAACCACAACGGAUCUCAAUGGACAAAUCAGCACGCUGCAACAAGAGGCCUCAAGCCUGACGGCACAAAUGGUCAUCGCUCAGCAAAACUUGGCAACUGCUGUACAACAAGUAAAUGCCGUUUGUCCAGACACAUCUGCAUUACAAGCUAGCUGCUCGAAUUCCAACUACCAUUUCGAACAGUCUGCCGAUGGUUGUACAGCCAUCUGUUUUCUCAUCGGCGCCAGCAGUGUGAACUACGCAGCCGCAGAAGCGGUUUGUGCAGCGACUGGUGGCGCCCUCAUCACUCUCGACAACCUGAAGAAGAACGCCUUGAUGAUCGAUACGAUCAGAACAUCUACGUUGAAAGAUAGAAGCUUCUGGAUCGGCCUCAAGUUCGUCAAUAAUAACUGGGUGUGGCAAGCAAAUGGUAACCAAGUGACCUUCACAGACUGGGCGAACGGCGAACCCGAUGAACCUAACCCCGGUCUCCAACAAAACUGCGGGUCCUUGAACAGAGUCCAACAACAUCGCUGGUUCGACCGGGGAUGCAGCUUUACUACUGCGAAUGUCGCCCUCUGUGAAAUUACCAUGUAGUUACUCAAUUUUGCUGACUGAAGAUGUUAACUGAAGUUGUUAAUAGAAUAAAAGUUUACAGCAAUUUUA